AUGGGGAGGGGGGCGGUUUUGUCUGCUGGAGCAGUCCUGACACGGCCCACAGUUGUCACACGUCCACAGUUAACACGGUCCACAGCUGCGGCUGGCAAAAGGACACACGAAUGGGCGGAUAGACGGAUAAACGGACGUACAGACAUAUGGGCACGCUGCCGGACGAACACGCAGCCAGACAGCCACGCAGGCGGAUACGCAGACGGGCAUGCAGACGGACUAGCACACAGCCAGGCAGCCACACAAACAGACGGACACGCAGACGGCAGGAUACGCAGACAGACGGGCACGCAGACAGACGGAUACGCACGCAGACGGGCACGCAUGCAGACGCAGAUGGACGGGCACGCAGACACACGGGCGCGCAGACAGACGGGCACGCAGACAGACGGGCACGCAGACAUCAUCAACAAUUUCCAAAGCACUCCUACGCUGAGCCCCGCCUUCACCACCAGUAAGAUCAAGGGAAUGUUCCCGCUCAUUUCGGAGGCGUUUGUCUUUGCAAGGCGCGAGAGAUGCAGCAUGCGGCUUUUUGUGGUGACGGGAAAGGUGGAUUACGGGAUGGUCUCGUGCCUGAAGGGUCGCGGGGUUGAAUCCCGCCCGGAGCAGGGUGUUUGUGUGUCCCCGUAA